CAUCCGGAUUGCGAUGCACACCGAGCCGACGAAUCUUCUCUCCGGGAUCCGACUUCUCUCUCCCCCAUCUCUCUCUCUCUUAUGGGCAGUAGGGAGAGAACGGGGAGCAGCGAAUGCGUACUCCACAAACCAUCUCUUCCUCCUCAAAACCCUAGAUCCUCGCCGCUCCGCCUUCCUGUUUCGAUCCUCUGUUCUUUCCUCUCCUCCGAGGUCGGUCUAGAUCUCGUGGAAUUCAGCUCCAGAGAUACCCGAAUCCAUUUUCUCCGCGUAGAAAGAGACCUUUCUCUUAGCUGUGAUCAAACUGGACUCUUGUGCAAUCCAUUCUCCGAUCGUUUGACUCCACUCCAAUCUUGAUCCCAGAUUUAUUCGCUCGAUUCGGUAUUUAUUCGUAAUUAUUGCCUCGAUCGCGCUUGGAUCGGUGGGUUUUUGAGUGGAUUUAUUCUCGGGUUGGAUCUGGAGGUAUGGAAUUGUGAAUUAGAGUGCAUUGGGGUUGCUGGCCAUGGCGGUUCCAUCAGGGAAUGCGGUGGUCCCAGAGCAGAUGCAGUUUUCGGGUGGUGGUGGUGGAGGACGAGUUGGCGGCGGUGGUGAGGUGCAGCGGCAGUGGUUUCUUGAUGAGAGGGAUGGGUUCAUUUCAUGGCUGAGAGGAGAGUUUGCAGCGGCGAAUUCCAUUAUUGACCUUUUGAUUCAGCACCUCCGGGCCACCGGCGAGCCUGGGGAGUAUGAUCAUGUGGUCGGGUGCAUUCACCAGCGGCGCAGUCUAUGGCAGCCCGUCCUCCACUUCCAGCAGUACUUCCCGGUGGCUGAGGUCAUGUUUGCCUUGCAGCAGGUGGCUUGGAGGAGGCAGCAGAAGAGGCACUUUGAUGGGCCGAAGGACAAGGACAUGAGGAAGCUGGGGUUUGGGUACCGGCAGGCGCAUCGUUUUGAGGGUGUUCGGGAGAACCAUAGCUCCCCUGUUUCAGUUUCAGUUGGGGGGGAUGUGGCCAAGGCAGAGAAGGUGGAAGAUAAUUUGAAGAAAGGAGAAGAUUCGAUGCCAAAGGGCAAAGCCCAGGUGUCAGAAACGAAGGACUCAUCAGACGCAGUGCAGAAGCAUGGGGUUGGUGAUGUUUCAACCUCGAAGAACAAUUGCAGCCUGAGGGAGGGAGAAAAUCUGGUUGGAACUGAGUCCAAUAAUUUGGAGCCUACUCUUACGGAUGUUAGCACUAACUUCACAGGGUCUAGCAAUGAUUCUAUUCCUGGCCAUGAUGCAGAUAUUAGCUUAAACCAAGUUGGAAAAGAAAAAUUAAUUCCAAUGCCCAAAGAUUUUCUGGCUAAUGAAAUAAGUGAUGGAAAGACGGUCAAUGUUGUUGAAGGACUUAAGCUCUAUGAUGAGAUAUUGGAUAGCUCAGAAAUCACCAGACUUAUUUCAUUGACAAAUGAAUUGAGAGCUGCUGGUCGCAGAGGAGAAUUUCAAGGGCAGACGAUUGUGAUGUCAAAAAGACCAACGAGGGGGCAUGGACGGGAAAUGAUUCAGUUAGGCAUUCCUAUUACUGAAGGACCCCCAGAAGAUGAAAAUACAGCUGGGACCUGUAAAGAGCGGAAGGUCGAAGGGAUUCCUAAUUUAGUGCAGGAUGUGUUUGAUCGCUUGGUUCAGCUGCAGAUUAUUCCUAGCAAGCCUGACUUUUGCACUAUUGACUUCUUUAAUGAGGGGGAUCAUUCACAUCCUUAUACCUGGCCACCCUGGUAUGGUAGGCCUGUUUGUAGCUUAUUUUUGACAGAAUGUGACAUUGUCUUUGGCCGAGCAAUUGGGGGAGAUCACCGUGUGGGAGAUUAUAGAGGUCCUCUCAAGCUAUCUCUUGCAAUGGGGGCUCUUCUUGUGAUUGAAGGAAAAAGUGCUGAUCUGGCCAAGCAUGCCAUCCCCUCCCUACGCAAGCAGUGCAUCUUUCUAACUUUUGGGAAGUCGCAACCAAAAAAUUCUUUUCCAUCCGAAGACUUGUGCCUUUUUCCAUCCACUUUACCUCCAUCACCUCAGGGAUCAACUUCAGUUAGACCACAGAAUGUUGCCCGUCAUUCAUCUGGCCCUAAGCAUUAUGGAGUUGUUCCUACCACUGGGGUCCUGCCAGCACCCCCUAUCCGUCCCCAACACCUGCCCCCACCUAAUGGAAUCCCACCAAUCUUCAUUGCACCUUCCCCUGUCAACCCUGCGGCUGUGCCUUAUCCUGCACCUGUCCCAGUGACACCCUCAUCAGCUGCAUGGACAGUAGCUGCACCUGCAAGGCACUCAGCACCUCGACUGCCGAUUCCUGGCACUGGAGUGUUCCUGCCCCCACCUAGUUCUGGCCAUUCUCCAACAUCGCAGCAGCCACAUGUGGCUCCAGGAUCCACUGGAACUAGCUCUCCUCCAGAGACUACUGCCUUACCUGAGAACGAGAGCAACGGGUUGGAAAAGCCAAAUUGUAUCAACCAUGCUUCUUCAAAGACUUCACCAAAGAAUAGAGCAGAUGAGACAGGAUCUAAACUGGAUUGUAAUGGGAACUCCAAUAGUGGUAUUGAUGUUUGUGGGAGGACAGUUGUAGGUAAGGAAGACCAGCAGAAUGUUGCUGCCAAGAGGAAGGUGGUGAACAGGCCAGCAGGUAAUACUACUAUGUAGAUCAAAGAGGACAUUGAGAGUGGAGAUGAAGAUCUUUUCUGUUGAAGUAAUAGCAGGAAAGGAUGGUCAGGAAAUCUCAUGGAGUCUCGGGGCAAGUGUAAAGUGCAACAGAGGGGUUGCUGGACCGCUUUGUAAGUUUAGAUUUCGGACUGAAUCUGUUUUCAAUUUUUGUAGGGUCUAAAAUUUUCCUUAUUUUUUCCCAUUUCAUUUUUGCUGUCAUUGUUCUCGAACUUAUUUAUUUGACAAACUUUACGUACAAGUGAUGACAGAAACAUUAUCUCCA